AUGGCAGAGACGACGACACGUCCUCUUGUCGUCGGCCCGGACUCCGGUCCCGAGGCCCCCUUCCCGCUCAAAAUGGAGGGCAAGGUCAUUUCCGGCUUCGGCCGGGGGUCUAAGGAGCUCGGAAUCCCAACCGCAAACCUCCCAGUAGACUCCUCUCAAACCCCCUGGAUAGACAACACCAGAUCCGGCGUUUACUUUGGCUGGGCUUCCCUCUCCCUCCCUGCAUCGCACCCGGACCGCAUCGCCCCGCCGCCCUCCUCCGGCGCCGGCCCGGCCCAGCCCCACCUCGAGUUCCAGCUGUAUCCCAUGGUCAUGUCCAUCGGCUACAACCCCUUCUACAAGAACACGGUCCGCUCCGCCGAGGUCCACGUGCUGCACAAGUUCUCGGCCGACUUUUACGACGCUCACAUGCGCCUCCUCAUUCUUGGCUUCGUGCGGGAAGAGAAGGACUACAAGAGCCUUGAAGCCCUUGUCGCCGACAUCAACACCGACUGCGACGUUGCGCGGACUUCGCUUGCCCGCGACCGAUGGGCGCCGCCCAAGGCGCUGACACCCGGCGCCGAGACGGACGGUGUACUGGAUGCGAAGUGGCUGGUGGAGCCGCUCCCCAAGGCGUAG